AUGCAGGCUUCGGUGAUGGACGUGGAACCUGCGAAGGUUCCCAGGCGUAAGGAACGCAUAAAUUCGUUAACGGGUAUUUUCCUAAAGUCGGUUUACUUUUUAGGUAGCGAUCUAUCAAAGUGUGUAAUUGUGGGGUUGUUUAAAGACAGAGGCGAUUCUCUCGGGGUGCUAUUCCAUGGUAAGAAGGGGAGCGUUUACUGGUCGCACGAUGUAUUUAAUCAGUUUGCUCCGAAUUUCAACUGUAUCACUCAGGCUUUGGAGACCUCGCAGAGGUUGAAUAUCAAGGUGGACAGUGGGGAGGAUGUCAGGGUUUCGAACGUCUUUGGUCAAAUGCAUGCGUAUCUCUAUGACGGGGAACGUUCUUUAACGCUUAACAAGACCGAGUGGGUUCAGUUCGUUAACAACCUCCCGUCGGUCUACAUCGCACUACGGGAUCUCUUUUCCAUCGAGGUGUCAGCUAAGAGUGUUGUUCGGUGUCUGCUGGCUGGCGAGAAGGAGGAGGAGGACGUGGAGUAUAACGACAUCCCUAGUCCCGAGUUUGUUGUGGUCAGUCAUCUGUUUCGCUCACACAUAGUGUUCAAACCCCCGUACAGCGUAACCGAAUUAGAUUCAAAAGCGGCUAGAACCGCCCGUUGUUGCAGGCACCUUGUGUUGGCGUUAUCCGUGGGAGUUAUGACUGUGUCUACGGCCUUGAUAGCGAUUCUCUGCCGAGCACGCCUGCCUCCCGGAGUCGGCUACACUCCCUUGCUGCUACUGGUGGGCCUUCUUCUCGUUGCAGCACCCCUCGUUGCUGGUGACGACGACGGACCGCCUCCGCGGAAAGCCCCUCGAUUGGUGGGCAACGACGAUGACCCCCGGCCCGAUCCCCACCCCGAGGUCCAGGACUCCCCAUUGUCGCCUGACCCUGAUGACAGUGUGGAGGAGUAUGACUCGGAUGCCACCGUGGAGAACCUGAUACCCGGUUCUCCUGACCCGUGGGCUUUUGGACCGAGGCCGAGGCAGAGGCCUCUCAAUGAUACAGCGGUUGAGGACCUUCUGCUGGGACCCUGGGAAGUGUUGGAGGCUGCCAUCACGGGUAUACCUCUACCACCGUCUCCAUCACCGCCCCGGGCCGCAGCCCGCAGGCUCCCUCUCCAGAUGAUGCCGCUUCCUCAGCCGCGGCGACUUCCGAGGAUAAGUAUCGCCCCGGCCCAGCCCCCCUCGACGUCCCGGUCCUCUGGUGGGUCCAAUGUAGCGACCGUCGCCCCGGCCCUCUCGACGUCCCGGUCCUCUGCUGGGCCCAAUGUCGACUCGACCCAACCCUCUACCUCAACGGGUCGAACCGGCGCUUGUAGAAGGCCUCCUACAGCUGCAUCAGGAGUAGAUGUGGCACGGCAGAGGUUACGGGAACUGGUGCUGGACCAUUUCCUUCAAGUAUUUGUUUCGCCGGCGCACGCUCCCGUGGCGUGCACUGUGGGAGCGUUGGUUGCGAUGUCCACCCUGAGGGCCGAGCUCAGGGAUAUGCUCUGGCUCGUCGACCAUCUUCUCGACGAGACGCCCCGUGACCAGAGCCUCGUGAUAGCGUACGCGCUUUGGAGGGAAGUGCGCUCGUCGUUGGAGGGUCUGCUCAUCGGCAUCGGCGAGAGCAUGGAGUCGGCGGCCUCGAGGGAUCCCUACGACAUCGACCCUGAGGAACCGGAACCGUCGCCCCCGGCUAGGCACGUUCGCUGCUGUGUCUCUAUGGACAGAUUGCCGACGGUAGGGUUGAGGCCUUGUGGACACACUCUGUGCCCACAAUGUGCCCAUAGGCUCUUACGUUGUCCAAUCUGUCGGGUGAUCAUCCACGGGAGGAUGCCAUUGUUUUUUUCUUAA